UCUUUGCUGUUUUGAUUAUGCGAGGGCUCGUGUGAAACACCCUUAACAUUAUUCCGUCAUGUCAAAAACAUAAACAAAAACAUACCUUUAUAAUCUGAUAAAUCAGAAUGAGUUCUCGUAACCGUGGAAGAGGUAGAAGAGGAAACGGAGCGCAUGGACAAUUUCGCAAUGUAAAAACUAAUCGAAAUUGUGAGCGAAAUUUUGCACAACGCGCAUGUGAGCUGGCCACAGAUGACAGUGAUAGUAGUUCAUCCUCCUCAGAUGCUAGUAUAGACGGAAUCGGACAUCCGCCAAACUUUCCGAUUGCCAUGUGGGAUCUAAAUCAUUGCGACCCAAAGAAAUGUUCAGGAAGGAAAUUAUCGCGCUUAGGCCUUAUCGAAAAUUUACGAUUGGGACAAAAAUUCCCUGGUCUUGUUUUAACGCCUGUUGGUGUGAAUUGUGUUAGCCCACUGGAUAGAGACAUUGUUGGAGCGGCUGGUGUAGCAGUUGUAGAUUGUUCGUGGGCCAAGUUGGAAGAGACACCAUUUAAUCGCAUGAGGAGUCCACAUCCACGUUUACUACCGUAUUUGGUGGCAGCAAACCCAAUCAAUUAUGGUAAACCAUGCAAAUUAAGUUGUGUAGAAGCAAUUGCUGCUACAUUAUAUAUAUGUGGUUACGAAUCGGAAGCGCAGUGGUAUAUGGGCAAGUUUUCGUGGGGUCACUCUUUUAUUGAGUUAAAUGAAACACUACUUAAAAACUACGCUCAAUGUAAAUCUAGUAAGGAAAUACUACAAGUACAAAAUGAUUACCUAGAAAAGGAGCAAGCAGCCCAUAAUAAGCCGAAAGAUUUCAGUGAAUUCUAUCCAACAAGUAGUAGUAGUGAUGAAGAAGAUGAUAACGAAAAAGUAGCAAAAGAAUUGAUGCAAGCAAUCGAAAUAAAGUUUUUAUGUGGACUUUUAUGCAAACCAUUUUACGUCGCUGCAGAGCGAGAGCUUCUGUUAUUGGUAGUCUUUGCUUUGAGACACGCUCAAGCGUACCCAUUUGACAUUAGUUGCUAGACAGCGAAAAUUUCAACGCUAGCGCGCGCAGUGGUAGAAAGCCAUUGUGUGUUAAUGAUCGUAAAACGAAGAAAAUACUGAAC